AUGGAGACCACUUUCAUGUACUCUGUCGAUCCCUUCACGCCGGCACGUCGCGUCGGCACCUUGCAUCGCCUGCUCAGCGCAAUCCUCGCAACCGCAGUCAUUCGAUGCUGGCCGCUUUUGCUCUUCUUUUCUGCCUGGGCGACCGCGGUCUCGGUGAUCAACCACAGUGUCCAUAACCUGACCAUUCAGCCGACAUUGCUCACUGUCAUCGGUACCGUCCUCGGUUUCGUCAUUUCAUACCGGACGACAGCAAGUUUCGAGCGGUACAAUGAGGGUCGGCGUCUCUGGUCGCAGAUCAUCAUGGGCAGUCGUACACUGGCGCGUACCAUUUGGUUCCACGUCCCGGAGACCAUGCCGUCCGCAAGCAAUGACCCGUCUACGCUCGAGCAGCGCAAGGCACGGGUGCUGAUCGAGAAGAAGACGGUCAUCAACCUGAUUGAGGCCUUUGGUGUUGCGGUCAAGCACUACCUGCGCGGCGAGGAGGGCGUGUACUACGUCGACCUGUUCCAUCUCGUCAAGUUCCUGCCCUCGUACGCGCUCCCCGCCGGUCUGCCGUCCCUCGUCGACGUCACCUCCGCGGACGGCAUGUCCACGCACUCGCCCCUGCGGAACCGCGGGGACAGCGUUGCCGCGGAGCUCACCUCCCUGCGCGAAGAAGUCGCGUCCCUCGAAAUGCCUGCGUCUCCUACCGCACCCAACGGGCCUAGCGCGUCGAUGAACCAGCUGCCCUUCCCCGCGACCGCCGUGAGCCCGCGGAAGGUCAGCCAUGUCAAGGUCGACCUUCCCCCUCGGACGUCGAUGAACGGCCGCGGCGCUGCCGGACGGUCGUACGAGAGGGAGAAGCCGUCGCAGGGAGACAAGGGCUCGACGUACUCGGGCGUCUCGGGCGUGCAGGACGAGAACUUCCUGCUGCCUGCGCGUAACCCGCCGAAGUACCACCUUUUCGACCUGUUCCCGUUCUCGCUUCUGGUACAUGCCUUGACUAAGCGGGGCAAGGACGUGAAGGGUAAGAAGGCGGCUCGGAUCCGUGCGAAGCUUCGGAGCAAGACCGUCACGCACAAUCUUCCGCUCGAGAUCUCGCUCUACCUCAGCUCGUACAUCGCGGCGCUCCAAGAACGCAACUGCGUUCCUCCCCCGACAGCUACGAAUCUGCUCAACACGUUGAACCAGCUUGUGGAUGCGCUGACUGGUCUGGAGCGUAUUUUGACGACGCCCAUUCCCUUUUCGUACCGGGUCCAUCUAUGGAGCGUCACUGUUCUGUACUGCUUGCUUCUGCCCUUCCAGAUCUGGACGACGCUCAAGUGGCUCACCAUUCCCGGGACGACUCUUGCAAGUUUCAUCUUCUUUGGGUUCCUGGUCGCUGGCGAGGAGAUUGAGAAUCCGUUUGGGUACGACAAGAACGAUCUGAACCUGGACCACUUCACGCACAACAUCAUCCGCAACGAGCUGCGCGCAAUCACGGCGCUGCCGGCGCCGCACGUCGAGAGCUGGGCGUUCUCGCAAUUCAACGACCAGAUCUUCGGCAACGACGAGCGCGUCGCGCCGGACGAGUGGAUGUCGCGCGGCCUCGGGCGCAUCCAGGCGGCGCUCGCGACCAUCUAA